CAGCCUAUACUUGUCAACUAAAUACAGCUACAGGAACAAAGACACUAAGGACAAUCACCCACGACAAACUCAAAGAAUAUGGCUGCCUAAAUAUGGUUCCCAAUCAGAGACAACGAUAAGCACCUGCCUCUGAUUGAGAACCACUCCAGACAGCCAUAGACUUUGCUAGAUAACCCCACAAGCUACAAUCCCAAAUACAUACACACCAAAACCCCAAGACAAAACACACCACAAUACAAAAACUCCAUGCCACACCCUGGCCUGACCCAAUAAAUGAAGAAAAAACACAAAAUACUUCUACCAGGGCGUGACAUCAUUUCUGGAUUCGAUUUUGUUUAAUGUGAUUUAUUACACGGACAAUUUGUUGUUUGUUAGGAAUCUGUGAAGAAGCAGCUUUUGAAAAGGAUUCAGAAUGUGACAACCCCCAAAAAGAAGCAGGGAGCGACCCCUUCAAGAAAGAGGCCACGAAGCCUUAGAUUUCAGAGCAGCCAGGAGAUGUCCACUGAUGAGACUGAUGAAUCCACCUCCUCAACCCUGAUCUUGGAGAGAUCCCCACAAUCUAGAUGCAGCACCCCAGAGGUUGAACAGUUGGGUGAAACUACUGAGAGCCUACAGAACCAGGAGAGACAUGAUAAAACUCUACAGGAGAUGUACAAAACCAAGGCCAGACCCAACCAGAAGGAUGUUUCCCAGCUCCUGGACCUUGAAUUCCAAGCAAGACGGGCCUAUCGACUGAUGCUACUAAGGAGCAGGACAGGCCAACCAAGAUACUUCAAGUUUAUCCCUGCUUCAGAGAACUGGAUCAUUCUGCAGAAGACCCCAUCACCUUACUUCAGGCAAGACCACUCUUCAGCCCUGUCGUGAUUGUCUGCGAAACCAACUGCGUACUGGCCAUUGGAACCAUGCCUGUGGUGACCUUCCGAAAAGAGGACAUCUAUGCCAGCGUGACGUAUCUCAUGGCGUGUUAUUACGCCUUUCACAUCACAUAUCCCAAGUGCAUUGCAACACUCUUCUCUGUGCUGCAGACAUAAGUCCUCUCGGACGCCAUCCAUGACAUGACAUCUUCAUAUAAAAAGGCUAUGGCCGAGUGGAAAAAGUUCAUUACUGACUAGGGUUGCACAAUACAAUUUUUAAAUUUCCAGUCCCGAUAACAGAACUGUGUAUUGGCCCAUCUGAGAACCGAUCCGAUAACCUUUAAUAAAUAGGCAGGGCGUUUGUUGUAUAUUAUAAGAAGGUUUAAGCAAUGUUAUGUUUGUUAUCUUCCCAUUGGUCUUACAUUUUCACCUUGACCACCAAUGGCCUUUGUUGUUGUUUUUACAUAUAUUUACUAAACAUGUAGCCUUAUUUCAAAAUGAUGGCACUAGCAUUUGCUACAUUUAAGCACAUUUUCCGACAUAUUGAGAAAAUUAUUCUUAAAUCUUUUCUUUGUAUCCAGACAAAUUACUGGUUUUUAGUCUGCACGCACAAGUUUUAAGAUAUCUGUGCGUUCUUUGAUAUAUUUUUACUUGUUUAAAAACAUUUGGCAAGUAAAAUGUUCCUGUUCUGUUGGCAAAUAAUUUUGCUUAUUUGAAGUAAUAUUUCCCACAUAUUUUCCAUAUUUUCCACGAGUUUUUCCUUGCCACCGUGCUUCUACACCUGCAUUGUUUGCUGUUUGGGGUUUUAGGCUGGGUUUCAGUAAAGCAUUUUGUGACAUCAGCUGAUGUAAUUAGGGCAUUAUAAAUACAUUUGAUUGAUUGAUGUCUACUUCUGAUAAGCCGCCGAGUAAAACAAUCAAGCGUCCCAGAAAAGUGCAAAUAAAUUGCCCACAUUAACAUGUGUUGCCUAAGAAACAAGGCACAUGAAAUCGUUAAUAACCGAUGACAUUCAUAUACUGACUAUCUCUGAAACUGACUUAGAUAAUACCUUUGAUAUCGCGCUAGCAAUACAUGGUUAUAACAUCUACAGCAAUGCUAACGGGGUUGGUGUUGCAUAUUCAGAGCAACAUUCCAGUAAAGCUUAGAGAGGAUCUCAUGCCAAAUACUGGUGAAGUAAUAUGGCUACAGGUUCAUCUGCCUCACAUAAAGCCCAUUCUGGUGGGAAGCUGUUAUAGACCACCGAGUGCUAACAGUCAGUACCUGGAUAAUAUGUGUGAAGUGCUCGAUAAUGUAUGUGAUAUCAACUGAGAAGAAUAUUUUCUGGGGAACCUAAAUAUUGACUGGCUUUGAUCAAGCUGCCCACUCAAGAAAAAGCUUCAAACUGAAGUGACUGCAACCUAGUUCCGGUUAUCAGUCGAGCUACCGGGGUAUUUACAAACAGCAUAGGAAUGAAAUCUACAUCCUUGUGAAGAACCAUUUGAUGGUCUGGUGUGUAAUUAAGAGCAACCAAUCUCUGCACUUGACACAUUUAUGAAAUUGUUUACUCCAGUUACUAAAAUGCAUGCUGUCACGUUCUGACCUUUAUUUUCUGUGUUUUGUGUUUAGUUAGUAUGGUCAGGGCGUGAGUUGGGUGGGUAGUCUAUGUUUGUUUUUCUAUGUUUUGGUUAUUUCGAUGUUUCGGCCUAGUAUGGUUCUCAAUCAGAGGCAGGUGUCAUUAGUUGUCUC